AUGCUUCUCCAGGGAGAUGAGGGAGAAAUGGGAUUUACUUGCAGGGCCUCCAAUGUGCCAUUUCUGAAGGUGUUUUUUGCGGAUCAAUUGGCUCUAGGACAGAAAGAAACCCACUCAUCGUCAUCUUCCUUCCCCUCCUCCACGUCAAAGUCGUCCUCUCCAGCAGACUCCUCCAAAACUCUAGGGGUUGUGGGAUCUCAGGGUUCAAUUUCUCCCCUGAGCCGCUGGAUGAUGCACAGCCGUGGCCGUGCUGCCAACACUUCAACAAUGGAGCUGCCCUACCGCUCACCGGUGCCCUUUUCCAAACAGGAGUUUUGGGAAAUGCUGGGUAGCGACCUUCUCAAGUCGGACACUGACACAUCGGGGAACUCCAGAGUCAAGCGCCGUCCCCCGAUUGUCAAAACAGGCAAAUUUAAGAAGAUGUUCGGUUGGGGUGACUUUUACUCCAACAUCAAGACUGUGCGCCUCAACCUGCUAAUCACGGGUAAGAUUGUGGAUCACGGGAACGGCACCUUCAGUGUCUACUUCCGUCACAAUUCCACCGGCCAGGGGAACAUCUCCGUCAGCCUGGUACCCCCGGUGAAGGCCGUGGAGUUCGACUUGGAGCGCCAGAGUGUGGUUUACCCUAAAGACUCAAAGAUCUUCAACUGCCGCGUAGACUACGAGAAGGUCGACCGCAGCAAACGCACCUCGCUCUGCAACUAUGACCCCUCCAAGACCUGCUUCCAGGAGCAGACACAAAGCCACGUCUCCUGGAUCUGCUCCAAACCCUUUAAGGUCAUUUGUAUUUACAUUUCAUUCUACAGCACAGACUACAGACUGGUGCAGAAGGUCUGUCCAGACUAUAAUUAUCAUAACGAGAUGCCCUACCUACCUUCAGGGUAGAGCUGUGGGGAGUAAUGGACUAGAAGGACAACGAGGGAAGUUUGGGGGGGAAGGAGUCAACAUUUGAGGGAUUGGUUCAAUUAUGGAUGUGAAGAUCAAUGAGAAAU